AUGUCGGCGACUGCAUCAGCGUAUAAGGCACUGACAACGAGAUGCCGCAACAUCGUGAUUGAUUGGUUAAGCAAAACCAAGGGACUUCUCGAAGCUUCUGAAAGUGAGAGAGUCAUCGCGAGAGAAUCAUCUUCUGAGUCAUCGCGCAGAGAUCGCGUACGAGAAAUACGUCUCUGUUUGACUGCCUGCGAAGAGAACACAAUCAUGUUGGAGACGACAUUGGAUAAGUUUACAAAAGCCUAUGACGACUUAGAGGAGCAUACGGACGACGAAGACAAAAAGAUGUACGAGUAUGUAGACAACAUCCACGACACCCUUGUGCAACUUAAUGAAAGACAGUCCGCUCUUAAGAGGGUGCUUCAAGGGUUACUGGAGGAGCAGGAAACACCAGAACGCAUGACGGACAGUAAUUCUCUUAAUCCUGACAUCUACCCCAUGGGACCACUUUCAGUGAGCAAACUGCCGUUGAUUCCUAUUCCCAAUUUCAGCGGCAAGCGCUGGGAAUGGGAAAACUUCUGGGGCACCAUUCAAGGCAAAUGUACAUGA